CUCCGACGCAAGGCUGUGACGUUUGUGACUCGAACUGCUGAACUUCAUCAAACAGCAUGUGUGACGACGAGGACACCUGUGCGCUCGUGUGCGACAAUGGCUCCGGCAUGGUCAAGGCAGGCUUCGCCGGAGACGACGCCCCUCGCGCCGUGUUCCCCUCUAUCGUCGGCCGUGCCCGUCACCAGGGUGUGAUGGUCGGCAUGGGUCAGAAGGACGCCUACGUCGGUGAUGAGGCUCAAAGCAAACGUGGUAUCCUCACCCUUAAGUACCCCAUUGAACACGGUAUCAUUACCAACUGGGAUGAUAUGGAGAAAGUGUGGCAUCACACUUUCUUCAAUGAACUUCGCGUGGCCCCUGAGGAGUCCCCUACACUUCUCACUGAGGCUCCCCUCAACCCCAAGGCCAACCGCGAGAAGAUGACCCAGAUCAUGUUCGAGACCUUCGCCAUGCCCGCCAUGUACGUCGCCAUCCAGGCCGUGCUGUCCCUCUACGCCUCAGGUCGAACCACAGGCCUCGUCUGUGACUCGGGCGAUGGCGUCUCCCACGACGUCCCCGUCUACGAAGGCUUCGCUCUUCCUCACGCUAUCCUUCGUCUCGAUCUUGCCGGGCGUGAUCUAACCCUUUAUUUGAUGAAAAUUCUGACUGAGCGCGGUUAUUCCUUCACCACCACCGCUGAACGAGAAAUCGUCCGUGAUAUUAAGGAGAAACUGUGCUACAUUGCCCUCGAUUUUGAUGGCGAGAUGAACACUGCUGCUGCCUCUUCCUCGAUCGAUAAGUCUUACGAGCUUCCCGACGGUCAGGUCAUCACCAUCGGUAACGAACGGUUCCGAUGCCCUGAGGCCUUGUUCCAACCUUCCUUCCUGGGUAUGGAAUCUGUUGGUAUCCACGAGACCGUGUACAACUCCAUCAUGAGGUGCGACAUUGAUAUCAGGAAGGACUUGUUUGCUAACACUGUCAUGUCUGGUGGUACCACCAUGUACCCUGGUAUCGCUGACCGCAUGCAAAAGGAGAUCACUUCUCUGGCUCCUUCCACCAUCAAGAUCAAGAUCAUUGCUCCUCCCGAGCGCAAAUACUCCGUGUGGAUCGGCGGUUCCAUCCUGGCCUCUCUGUCCACCUUCCAGGCCAUGUGGGUCACCAAGGACGAGUACGAGGAGUCCGGCCCCGGCAUCGUCCACCGCAAGUGCUUCUAAGAAUCACGUUUACAUCUCAUUAAUAUUUAAUGGGUAUUUACUGUUAUUUGAAAUUAAGAAAUGCUUGCGAAGCUGGACCUUUGUUUUAAUAAUUUCUACAUCUAUAACCAUAAAGACAAUGAUACAA